AUGGGACAUAUUUACUUAAAACUUAAUGAGCGUCUGUCACAGAUAUGGUGUAAUAAAUAUACGAUAAUCAUACUAGUCAUGAUGGUUAAGAUACUAUUGUUCAUAAAAAUGCUAUCAAACGGGUUCGAAAAUAUAAUGGAUUAUACCAUGGAGAAUUGCCGUAACAUCGAUUAUUAUUAUUCCAAAUAUGUCAAUUCUUCCCCACAUUAUAUGGGUCUUAUGGGAAACUUUCUAAUUCAAAAAUCUAUGGAACAAAGUGUAGCAUUAUCGCUAAAAAGUAUUUCACUGUUGGUAUCUGUUUCUGAAAAUGUCAUAGAUUUUAUGAUAGAUCUUUGGUUGGGGACAUGGGUAUGCUUAAUCGUCAGUGCAAUUGAUGGAUCGGUUGAUGUUGCAACGAAUGCUACAGAAUCUGUCAUUGAUUUAGUAAAUGGAACAGUAAGUAGCGUCGCAGAUGAGAUUGAUGAUGGAUUGAGCGGAUUGACCAAAGUAGUUAAUAAAGUUCUUUCGGCUGUCAAUGAUAUUCAGAAUUUCUUUAAAGGGAACGAUGAUGAAUCAGACAUUAAUGAUCAAGUAAAGAAAGUUAAUUUAACAAUAAAUGGGCUGAGAACACUUUCUAUUCCAAGUUCUAUAGAUGAUAAGCUGGUGAAGCUGUCUGCUAAUACACCUGAUUUUGAUACUGUUAAGAAUAAAACUAAACAAGCAAUUGCCGUUCCAUUUGAUAUCAUCAGGAAUGAAAUUAAAUCAAUUAACGCCAGUAAGCUAGUUGGAGACCCGCAGUACCUUGAAGUACCAGCAAUUGAUACUAGUGGUGUAAAAAUAUGUUCAGAUAACAAGUCAGAAAUAAAUGAAGUCUUUGAUACCAUAAGAAAAGUGUUUAAUGCUUCCACCAUGACAAUACUAAUAGUUUUUAUUCUUGCUGCUCUAAGUUUGAUUGUGUAUAACGCCUGGGCAGAGUGGAGGCAAUGGAUACGCCUUAAAAGAUUCAGAGAUCAAUACAGGCAUCAGACUAUCAUGCUUAAAAACCCAUUUGAUGACAUGGCUGACGAAAAAGUCCCACAGAACGUCGAUAUAUUAGAAACGUAUCAUCUGGUCUUCAAUAGAUAUCAAUCUGGAUUUGGAAGAUGGCUCAGCAGACGUAUAAGUUCGAAGUUAGAAACACAACGAAAUAUCCAAUGGUUGGUAACGUAUUUGACAUCUUCUACUUCGCUAACGUUAUUAGCACUUGGGUUAUGCGGUAUUCUCAUGUGUUGCGUACAAUUUGCCAUCAUUGCGAUCAUUUCCAACAAGAUAAACGGGAAGGAGACAGAAAAAAUGAUGACAUCGAUGUCCACAGCCAUGAAUGAUACAGUACAACAGGGAAUGACAGACUGGUCUAAAUCUGCCAACCUCUACAUUAACGACACGGAAACUCAAAUUAAUAGGCAAGUUUUUGGAUGGAUCCAAAAUACGACAGACACAGUAAACGGUACAGUGACAGAUUUAAUUGAAGACAUCGACAACGCAAUUAGCAAAGCGUUCAAUGGGACAAUUUUGUACAAACCCAUGGAUACGGUAAUGCAAUGUGUCAUCGGAAACAAACUGGAAGCCAUAUCUACAGCUCUAACAUGGGUCCAUAAUACAGCUCAAGUGAACCUCCCCCGAGUCAACGGUUCUGAAUUAUACCAACAGCUUCAGCAAAACCUCACAGAUUCAAACUCUACUACUUCCAGCACUGCAGAGUUACCCAAUUCGACAUCAAUUGCAACCCAGCUCAAGGAUAAUCUCAUCUCUGCAGCGAACAAGAUUUUAUCACAGUAUAAGAAUACUGUCGUCAUAGAACUCAUCGUGUCGUCUGUUUUUCUAGCACUUUACUUUUUUCAAAUUCCGGUUGCCGGUAUUAUCCUGGCGGCACAGAAACACAAGUCAAAACAUAAUAAUCAAAACCGUCCAUAA